UCCCCAGCUGGCGUGACGUAAUAGAACCUUUUACGUAUUGUCGCUCUCGCUCUCCUGUCUCUCGUCUUUGUUGUUUUUAAAUUCGUUUCAUUUUGUUUGGCAUCUCCGGCGGCGUUAGAAGUGCAUUUUUCAUACGUAUUCUUUUACCGUGUGUUCGUGCGCGUGUGUCAGUAUCAGUGCGCUAAACAGCUGUUCGGAGAAGAAAAGAACAAAAUAACGGGUCAAGUGCGGUGCCACAUUAGUGAAUGAAUUGGUUGAACCAUGAACUUCUGAAUCCCCAAUGACGCAGCGAUAAAUGAAACAAAUAACAGCGCCCCUAUCAACUAAUUUUAAUCGAUUUUAAUGUUGACCUAGUCUAAAGCUAUAGCCAAAGCCACAACGAACAAAGCCUCGAAAUGGCCAAGGUAACAAAUUGGGAUAAAUUUGUGCUGUUGCUGUGGAAGAAUUGGACCCUCCAAUGGAACCACAAAUGGCAGAUGGUCAUCGAGCUGGUGCUGCCAGCAAUAUUCUCAUUGCUCCUGGUCCUGGUCCGCACCCUGGUUGACACGGAGCAGAUGGACACAAAGUACUAUACACAGCAGGGUCUCACAAAUCUAAGCCUGUUACAGCAUUCGUUGCAUAGUUCGUCCUACCUUGGCAAGCUUCUAGCGCUGAUUGCACCCAAUCGAAGGAGGAACACGCUGUCAGGGAGCAAAUUUCUAUAUGCGGUUUACUAUUCGCCAACAAAUCCGGUACUGGAAAAACUGGUCUCCGAGGCAUGGACGAACCUUCUGAUGUCCAACAAUUCGGUUUACGCAUCAGAAAAUGCUGCCCAACUGCAGUUGGAUGUGGUUGGCAAGAAUGCCUUUGCCGGCAUCCAAUUCGACGAUGCCUGGUCAAAUAUCACAAAUAUUGGGGAUUUGCCGCAGGAUUUUUAUUUCUCGCUGCGAUUUCCAUCGGAAUUGCGAACGGCAACGAUAGCGAUAGCAAACACUUGGCUAACAAUGCGACUCUUUCCCACCAUCGAUUUGACGGGGCCGCGUAAUGAGAAGGAUGAGGAUGGCGGUAUACCACCGGGAUAUCUACGCGAAGGAUUCUUGCCGCUGCAACAUCAACUAUCGAUGGCGUACAUCAGACAGAGAUCGGGGGAGCAAGAUCUACCGGAUGUGGUGAUGCAACGCUACCCAUAUCCGGCCUACAUCUACGAUCCACUGCUGGAGGGCAUGUCCUCAAUAAUGUCACUGAUUAUUCUGCUCAGCUUCAUUUAUCCCUGCACGUACAUUACCAAGUACAUCACCGCUGAGAAGGAGAAGCAGCUCAAGGAGGUUAUGAAGAUCAUGGGGCUGAGCAAUUGGCUGCAUUGGACCGCCUGGUUUGUCAAGUCCUUUAUUAUGCUUACCAUAUCGGCCAUAUUGAUUGCUAUUCUGGUCAAAAUCAAUUGGUCAGAGGGUGUGGCAGUGCUAACACAUGCCAAUUUCACAGCAUUGGUCUUCUUCCUCAUCAUAUACAUCAUUGCCAGCAUUUGCUUCUGCUUCAUGAUGGCCACCUUCUUUUCGAGAGCGAGCACAGCUGCAGCUGUCACAGGUCUAAUAUGGUUCAUUGCCUACAUUCCGUACUCCUUCACCAUCAAUACGUAUGACGACAUGAGCCUGGUCUCUAAGCUGGGCUGGAGCUUGAUCUCAAACACGGGCAUGGGCUUUGGCAUUAAGCUGAUAUUGGGCUUCGAAGGAACCGGCGAGGGCUUGCAGUGGAGUAACUUCUUCACUCCGGUAUCUGUGGAUGACACCCUGACUCUGGGAGCUGUGAUGAUUAUGAUGCUGGUGUCCUGCUUCAUUUGCAUGACCAUCUGUUUGUAUGUGGAGCAAGUGAUGCCGGGCAGCUUUGGUGUGCCACGUCCCUGGCACUUCCCCUUCAGCAGAGAGUUCUGGUGCGGCGAGCGGGAGUACACAGGUGUGGAGGAUAUACCCAAUGGAGGACCUGCGAGGGAGCAGAGGGAUCCCAAGGCCUUUGAAGCGGAACCGGAGGGCAAACAUAUUGGCCUGCAGAUGAGGAAUCUUAAAAAGCGUUUCGUUGCCGACAAAAUGGUGGUGAAGGGUCUGUCCAUGAAUAUGUUUGAGGAUGAGAUUACCGUGCUGCUGGGACACAAUGGUGCCGGCAAGACCACAACCAUAUCGAUGCUGACCGGCAUGUUUCCGCCAACGAGUGGCACAGCCAUCAUUAAUGGCAGCGAUAUUCGUACCAACAUCGAGGGCGCUCGCAUGUCCCUCGGCAUCUGUCCGCAGCACAAUGUCCUCUUCGAUGAGAUGAGCGUUUCGAAUCACAUUCGAUUCUUUAGUCGCAUGAAGGGUCUCAGGGGCAAGGCGGUGGAGCAGGAGGUGGCCAAAUAUCUGAAAAUGAUCGAGCUGGAGGACAAGGCGAAUGUGGCAUCUGCGAAACUCUCGGGCGGCAUGAAGCGCAAACUAUCCGUUUGCUGUGCCCUGUGCGGCGAUACAAAGGUGGUGCUGUGCGAUGAGCCCAGCUCUGGCAUGGAUCCAUCGGCUCGUCGCCAGCUGUGGGAUUUGCUGCAGCAGGAAAAGAUUGGACGCACUUUGCUAUUGACGACACAUUUUAUGGAUGAAGCCGAUGUCCUGGGCGAUCGCAUUGCCAUUAUGUGCGACGGUGAACUCAAGUGCCAUGGCACAUCGUUUUUCUUGAAGAAACAAUAUGGCUCCGGAUAUAGAUUGAUUUGUGUUAAACGCGACGAUUGCCAGACGAACGAGGUGACAGCCCUGCUAAACAAAUAUAUUCCUGGUCUAAAGCCAGAAUGCGAUAUUGGUGCAGAAUUAUCCUACCAACUGCCGGAUAGUGCGUCCGAUAAGUUUGAGGAGAUGUUUGGCCAGCUGGAGGAGCAAUCUGACGAACUGCAUCUUAAUGGCUAUGGCGUUGGCAUCACCUCAAUGGAGGAGGUCUUCAUGAAGGUGGGCGCCGAGAAGGAUAUUAGCGGCAACCUUAAGGAUGCAAGUGAGAUAAUGAAUGGCGGCACCGGUUACCAUCCGUCCGGUGAGGACAAUGACAACGAAUCAGUACAAUCCGAUGGUAUCUUCUCGGAGAAUCGACGCCUGCUUCAAGGAUUACAGCUACUGUCCAAUCAAUGGAAGGCCAUGAUUCUCAAGAAAUUCCUGUAUACGUGGCGUAACAAAUUACUCCUGCUCAUUCAGAAUAUAAUGCCCGUGUUCUUUGUGGUGGUCACCAUUCUGAUUAUAGAGACACAGGGCACGUUCCAGGAGCUGAAACCCAUCACCAUGUCGCUGACCCAAUAUCCCCUGGCUGUCACCGUACUGGAUCGUUCCCAUGCGACCAGCUCGAAUAGCUCUGGUGUUGCCAAUCAGUACGAGGCGCUGGCCAAGUCCUAUGGCAGGGAUUAUGCUCUCGAGGUGACGGGUAGUACUGACUUUACUAACUACAUCCUCGAGCUUGGCAAGACGAUUCAGGUGCGAAUCAAUUCACGCUAUUUGGUGGCCGCCAGCAUUUUUGAGAAGCAGAUUAUAGCCUGGCUAAAUAAUCAAGCCUUGCACACAGCUCCGCUGACCGUCAACAUGGUGCACAAUGCCCUGGCAAAGCAAUUACUCGGUGCAGAUGCCCGAAUUGCAGUGACGAAUGCCCCAUUGCCAUAUACUCCGAAUACGUUGCUCACGCAACUGAGCACGGGCAACAAUCUGGGCACCCAGCUGGCCUCCAAUCUGUGUUUCUGCAUGUGCUUUGUCAGUUCCAUAUAUAUCCUGUUUUUGAUCAAGGAACGUGAAUCGAGAGCCAAGCUUCUACAGUUUGUGGGCGGCGUUAAAGUGUGGACUUUCUGGCUUUCCCAGUUUAUAUGUGACUUUGCCACCUACAUUGUGACGGCUCUGAUUGUUGUGAUCACGAUCGUUUGCUUCCAAGAGGCAGGACUGUCCACCUUUCCGGAACUGGGAAGAUACUUUUUGCUGCUACUGCUUUUUGGAUUCUCCGUUCUGCCGUUUAUCUACAUCAUGUCGCUGUUCUUCAAGGAGCCAGCCACAGGAUUCGCCCGCGUCUCCAUAGUCAACAUCUUUUGCGGCAUGGCCUUGUUCAUUGUCGUUGUGGUAAUGUCCUCCGAUUUCUUUGACACAAAGGAUACGGCGGAUAUCUUGGGCUGGAUCUUCCGCAUCUUCCCUCAUUUCUCAUUGGCAAUGGGCUUGAAUAAGGUCUACACUAAUACGGCGACAAGGAAUGUCUGUGAGAAGUUUUCAGCAAUUCCGCCCAUUCUGAUCUGCGAGCUGAUACCACAGUGUUGCAAUAUCAAGCCAUAUUUUGCGUGGGAAGCGCCUGGUGUCCUGCCCGAAACUCUGUACAUGACUGUCACCGGCGUUGUCUUCUUCCUUGUCAUCAUCAUUUUGGAAUUCCGUCUGAUUGGUGAACUGAUGUUCAAGAUUCGUCAAAAGUUAUCGAAACCACCGCCGCCUCCACCUGAAGGCCACUUGGAUGACGAUGUGGCCCACGAGCGUGAGCGCAUCCUUCACAUGAGCUCCGAUGAACUGGCCGCUAAAAAUCUAGUCCUGGAUCGGGUCACCAAAUACUAUGGACAAUUCCUGGCUGUCAAUCAGGUGUCGCUCUGUGUACAAGAAGUGGAAUGUUUUGGUCUGCUGGGUGUGAAUGGAGCCGGCAAGACGACAACGUUCAAGAUGAUGACUGGUGAUGAGCGGAUCACCUCUGGUGCUGCAUAUGUCCAGGGUCUGAGCCUGGAAUCCAACAUGAACAGCAUCUACAAGAUGAUCGGCUACUGCCCGCAGUUUGAUGCUUUGCUGGACGAUCUGACGGGUCGUGAGGUAUUGCGCAUCUUUUGCAUGCUGCGCGGCGUCCAGGAGUCUCGCAUUAAGCAAUUGUCUGAGGAUUUGGCCAAAUCCUUUGGCUUUAUGAAGCACAUCGAUAAGCGCACUCACGCCUAUAGCGGUGGCAAUAAGCGAAAGUUAAGCACAGCGAUUGCUGUGAUUGGUAGUCCGUCCGUCAUUUAUUUGGAUGAGCCCACAACCGGCAUGGAUCCAGCGGCGAGGCGGCAGCUCUGGAAUAUGGUCUGUCGCAUUCGAGACUCUGGCAAAUCAAUUGUCCUCACCUCACACAGCAUGGAGGAGUGUGAAGCGCUGUGCACGCGUUUGGCCAUUAUGGUCAAUGGCGAAUUCAAGUGCAUUGGUUCCACGCAGCAUUUGAAAAACAAAUUCUCCAAGGGUCUCAUCCUCAAGAUCAAGGUGCGUCGCAAUAUGGAGGCAUUGCGGCAGGCGAGAUUAAGUGCUGGCUAUGCGAGAAGUCCGGAUGAGCCCACGGUUCCAGCACAAAUGGAGCAGCAGAAUAUUGAUGCCGUCAAGGAGUUUGUGGAACGCGAAUAUCCACAGUCCAUUUUACAGGAGGAGUACCAGGGAAUUUUAACGUUCUACAUUCCAUUAACUGGUGUGAAAUGGUCUCGCAUUUUCGGUCUGAUGGAGAGUAAUCGCGAUCAGCUAAAUGUGGAGGACUAUUCGGUUAGUCAGACAACGCUGGAGGAGAUCUUUUUGGAGUUUGCCAAGUACCAGCGCGAGGACACGCGUGCCAAUCAGUGAGCUAGCCUAACCCCUCCCCAAAACAAACAUCUUAGAUCCAGUGUUGCUAACACCACCUGGCUUAUAAGCGGGCUUCUCGGCUUUUUGGCUUCAUCCAUCUACCUACCUGUCGCAUCGCAAAACAAAUAUCAAAGACAAGCACCGAAGCACAGCUACACUUUCUUCUCUCAUACAACGACAGCACAGCAUAGCAUACUCCCCAAAAAUUUUAUUCUUAACGAUUUUAUGUUGUAGUUUGUGGCUAACCCAUACCAAGGCCUAAACCAUUUAAACGAGCUAACUUCGCCGCAUGCGUAGAUCACGUAGAAAAGCUAACAUAUGGAGUAUUUUAUGAUUUAUUUUUUCAGUGUGUCUUUUUGCUCCAAUUUCCCUAAGCUACUAAUGUUAACUUGUGUAAUGUUUGUUCUCUCUUUUGAUUCCCCUGAAAAAAAAUAUAUACAAUAUACUACCAGCAGCCUGUCCGAGUUGAGGAAGCUGUGCCAGUGCCUGCUAGCCAAUGAGUAUUGAGUACCUGUACGACAUGUUCCUCACCUGAACUAAUUACCUUCACUCACACACACAAAUGAUAAUGUUUUAUACAACGCCGAUGCCUCAGCAGAUAGUUUCUAAGCUCGAGACCAGACAAUAGAUAGCAGAGAUUAUGCCUUAUUUUCUUGUGAUCAUCUAGCAAAUUUACACAUUUAAGAAGAGAGAUUUGUAUAUUGUACUGUAUAAAUAUAUAUAUAUAUAUAUUUAUGUAUAUCUGGUUGACCUACACA